AUGGUUUACCUGAUGUACCCUCAGUACCUGCUCCUCCUCUGUCCUUACUCUGUUCUCAUCUUUCUAACCAGGUUGGAUGAAGCAGCCGUCGCUCUGCAGAAAGAGAAGAACAUGUACAAAGAGAUUGAAAACUUCCCAAUGUGCUUCAAGAAAACAACUGCCCAAGUGCUGAUUCAUCUUCACAGAGGGGACUACGUAGCCGCUGAUAAAUGUGUCAGAGAAGGUUACAGUCUGCCUGGCUACAGUGGAAGCGAAGAUUGCGUUGCCAUGGAGACGCUACUGCAGGGCUACGACGAGCAGGACGAGGACCAGGUCUACCGCGUGUGCAACUCACCUUUACUGAAAUACAUGGACAAUGAUUACGCCAAACUGGCCAUUUCCCUGAGGGUACCCGGAGGAGGAGGAAAGAAGAAGAAGGCUGCAGCUGCCCCACAGGGUGGCACUAGCGGGGCGCCGGCCGAUGAGGAGGACGAUUAUGAGGGGGGGCUGUGUUAGCCUCCAGUUAAAGAGAGUCGAAUCAACCCAUCUGCUGCUCCACCACCACCACUGCACCCUCUGUGUAUGAGUUAAAACACCUUGACUAACCCUCUCAGCUCUGAAAUUCAGAAAGGCGACUGUUUAAAUCUUUAUUGUGCAAAAAAUAGUAAGAGGAAGAAAAAGAAUCCAACAUUUACAGUAGGUGUUGCAGAAGAGUUGCGUUUAAACUGAUUUUUUAUUUGUUUUCUUUGAGCUGGAUCCUCAGUGUGAUGAAAACGUUCAAUAUUCAAUAAUGUAUGAAAGCCUGUUGUAUGUAAAUGUUCUAUUCUCGUCACCGUGAAGCUGUAAAUUUUGCUGUUAUUGUUUGUGGGUAGUUUACAAUAGAAAUAUAAUUAAUCAGAAAUGCUCUAAUAAAUAUGCCCAGUAAGAUGAUCAGUG